AUGUCUUCUUCCAUUUCUUCCUCAAAACAAGAAUUCAAUUUUUUUGAUGUUCAGCAAAUUAAAGAUCCAAACAAUACAAAUGCAACUCCUGCUAUUUUUCAAAAACCAGAUAUUACAUCGAGCACUAGUGGUCGAUAUGUACAUGUUGUAGACAAAUCAUUUAAUGUACAAUCUUUCUUAGCAUAUGAUGGAGGAAGAAUCACACAUAUGAAACAAAUUAAACAAAAGAAUAUCUUAGUAACAAUUGGCGAUGAUGAUCCUCCUGCUAUUAAAAUAUGGGAUCUUGACAAGCAAGAUAAAUCUAAAGGAACUCCUGCAUGUCAACGAACAAUUAAAGUUAAUCAUGGUGGUAAACCUUUUCCUGUAUCAACGUUUGCUGUACUAGAUAAUCUGGGUCAAAUUGCUGUUGGUUUGGCCAAUGGUGUGGUUGUGUUGAUUAAAGGUGAUUUGUAUAGAGAUCGUCAUACAAGACAAAAAGUAAUACAUGAAAGGCUUGGGUUUAGAGAACAUUGGAAAUCAAUUAUUUUAUUCAUUGUUACUACAAAUAAGAUUCUAACUUAUGUAACAACCAGUAAAUUACCACCUACUAUUCUUGAUGAUCAAGGCUGUGGUUUAAAUUGUGCUAUAAUGAGCGAUACCACACAUGAAAUGGUUGUUGCUAAAGAUGAGGCAAUUUAUUUCUAUGGACCUGAUGGACGUGGAUCUUGUUUUGCUUAUGAUGUUACUUGGUUCAAAUCGUAUUUGAUAAUCGUUGCACCUCCAGUUUCUCAACCAACCAGACUUACAACUACCACACGAUCAGCUUUAUCAAUACUCCCAGGAAGUUCUCAACAUCACCAGCAGCAGCAACAAUCAUCUUCAACGCUUUAUGAAUUAACAAAAGUAACUAUCUUUGACACUGCAAAUAAAGUUAUUGCAUACAUGGGAACUUUUUCAUAUGGUGUCAGAACAAUUACUUGUGAGUGGGGCGAAAAAGAUACUCCAACUAAAUUGGAAAUAUUAUUCAAAAAAAACUUGUAUUUAUUAGCCAUUAAUCUUGCACAUAGUCAAAAAUAUGACGAUACCAGUAUUUCAGAAAUUUUUAAAAAAUACGGUGAUCAUUUAUACGAUAACGGGGAUUAUGAAGGUGCAAUGACUCAAUAUAUUCGUACCAUUGGUCAAUUGGAGCCUUCUUAUAUUAUUCGAAAGUUCUUGGACGCCCAAAGAAUUCAUAAUUUAGUAAAUUAUCUUCAAGAACUUCAUUCGCAUAAUUUAGCUAAUGCAGAACAUACAACGUUAUUACUUAACUGUUACACCAAAUUAAAAGAUGUAGCAAGAUUGGAUCAAUUUAUUAAGACGGAUAAUGAACUUACAUUUGAUUUGGAAACUGCUAUCAAAGUUUGUAGGCAAGCUGGUUAUCAUGAACAUGCUGUAUAUUUAGCAAAAAAAUUUGGUGAACAUGAUUUAUAUUUGAAAAUACAAAUCGAAGAUGUUAAAGCAUAUGAAAAUGCAUUGGAAUAUAUAAGAAAGUUGGGUCCAUUCGAGGCGGAUCGUAAUUUACAAAAAUAUGGAAAAAUACUUCUUAAUCAUCUACCAGAACCAACCACCAAACUUCUCAUUGAUCUUUGUACGAGCACUAUGAUAAAUGGUCAUUCUUAUUCUGCCAAUGAUAAAGUUUCUAGUGUUUAUAGGCCACCGCCAAUUCGCACUUUUAUGUCAUUGUUUGUUGAUCAACCAAAUUAUUUAAUUCAAUUCCUUGAACGAGUGUCUGAGAAACGUUGGGGAGGAUUUGGACUGUCACGUAAAUCUAAUAGUAGUAACGACAACAGCGACAAAUCUUCUUCAACAGCACAAUUAAAAUCAAAAAAUUUUGAUUUACCUAAAAACAGCAAUAACAAAAAUUCAAAAAAUAGAGAAUUGGAUGAUAAAGUUGUAGAGAAAAAAGCUGUAUGGAAUACACUUUUGGAACUUUAUUUAUCCGAAGCAUAUUUACCACCCGUUAUAACAACUAAAGACGCUAAAGGAAGAAAGUUAGGUGCCCCAAGUACUUUUGCUGUUUCAACUGAAACAGAACGUAUUAAAGAGAAACAUAUAAGAAAAGAAAAGGCAUUGAAUCUAUUAAAAGAUGAAGAUGUAUCAUAUGAUAUAAAUCAAGCAUUGGUUCUUUGUUACUUGGCACAAUAUGAUGAUGGGAUUGUUUAUCUUUAUGAAAAAAUGAAAAUGUACGAAGACAUUUUAAGAUUCUAUAUGGCCAAAGAUAAUACGGAAAAGGUCAUUCAAGUAUUAGGAAAAUAUGGUCAACAUGAACAAUCCCUAUACAUAUUAGCAUUAACCUAUUUUUCAUCAUCACCAACAAAUUUGGAAUCAUCAUCAGUUGAAAUUUUACGAAUACUUGAUUAUAUUGAUAAACAUAAUUUAUUGCCUCCUUUACAAGUUAUUCAGGCACUUAGCAGAAAUUCACUUGCAACUUUGAGUAUGGUUAAAGGAUAUAUGGGAAGGAGAAUUGAAAGUGAACGUAAGGAAACACUUGCAAAUCUUAAAAUGAUACAGAAUUGUCAGGAAGAAACAAUAACAAAAAGAAAAGAAAUUGAAGAACUUAAGACUGUAGCUCGUAUUUUCCAAGUUACAAAAUGUUCUGCUUGUCGUGGGUCACUUGAUCUACCAGCUGUACAUUUUCUAUGUCGACAUUCAUUUCACCAAAGAUGCUUACCUGAAACAGAUCGUGAAUGUCCUCAAUGUGCUAUUCAGAAUAGAGAGAUACUAGAAAUUAGAAGAUCACAAGAAAUUUGUGCUGAUAAACAUGAAUUAUUUUUUGAUAUGUUGAAUGAAGCAGAAGAUGGAUUUAGUGUUAUAGCAGAAUAUUUUUCGAAAAAUACAAUGGCAUUUGCUAAAGUUAUUGAUUAA